CACGACCGCACAGGCCAAGAAGCACAGGAGCACAAACCCCCCACGAUUCCCAAACACGACCGCGAGCCGAGCGACGAGAAGCUCCCGGAAAUCCGCUGCCGCGAGAAGAUCUCGCCGCCGCCCGGCGCUGCGCAGGUGGAGGUGGGAGGGGCUGCUUGGAUCGGAUCGGAUCGGAUCGGGCGCGGCCAUGAUGGAUCCGGAGAUGAUGCGGCUGGCGCAGGAGCAGAUGAGCAAGAUGUCCCCCGCGGACCUCGCCAGGAUGCAGCAGCAGCUUCUGUCAAAUCCUAACCUGGUAAAAUUAGCAUCUGAGAGCAUGAAGAAUAUGAGAGCUGAUGACUUUAAACGAGCUGCGCAGCAGCUGAAUCAAACAAGACCAGAUGAAAUGCUUAAUAUGGCCGAGAAACUGGCCAAUGCUAAUCCUGAGGAGGUUGCGGCAAUGAAGGUUCAAGCAGAGCAACAGAUGUCGUAUGUGAUAUCUGGUGCCAAGAUGUUAAAGCAGCAGGGAAAUGAACUUCAUAAGCGUGAGCAGUAUGCUGAAGCUGCUGCCAAGUACAAGCUUGCCAAGGAUAACUUAAAGAAUAUACCAUCGCAAGCAGCACAUUCUCUGCAGUUGGUGUGCACUCUUAAUUUAAUGGCUUGUUACCUGAAAACACGGAAUUUUGAGGAAUGCAUAAAUGAAGGCUCAGAGGUACUAAGUUAUGAUACGAACAACGUCAAAGCAUGCUACAGGAGGGGCCAGGCAUACAAAGAACUAGGAAACCUGGAAGCUGCUGUUGUUGACUUGAGUAAAGCACAUGAACUUUCCCCAGAUGAUGAAACUAUUGCUGCAGUUCUGAGAGAUGCAGAAGAAAAACUUGCAGUGGAAGGGAAAGGAGUGAAGCAUCCAAAAGGUGUUGUAAUUGAAGAAGUAGAAGAGGAUGCUUCCAACCCAUCAAGCAGUCAAAUGAGUUCAUCCCCUGGAUACACUGUUUCACAACCUACUGAAGGAGAAGGGAACUCUACACGUUCAGGUCCUUCAAGCAUCGAUGCUAAUGGCUUAUCGAAGCUGGGAAUGGAGGGAAUGUCACCUGAACUAGUAAAAACUGCCAGCGAUAUGAUUGGCACAAUGAAACCAGAAGAACUUCAGAAAAUGUUUGAAGCUGCUUCUUCACUUCACGGAACAAGCUCCAGUCCAAAUUCGGGCCCUAAUAUGCCAGAAGUGUCUCCUGAGAUGUUUAAGAUGGCAUCUGAUAUGAUUGGGAAUAUGUCUCCUGAUGAAUUACAAAAUAUGCUGAAUUUCGCUUCUAAUAUGGGUGGACCUAGUACUGCCCCCUUGCGACCAGAGAAUAAGUUUCAAUCUUCAUCAAGGGCCACAACAAGUAGUACUUCCCAGAGAUCAGUGGAUAAUAGCCAACCUUCAUCUUCUCAAAAUAUAAUGGAAAAUCCUGAUGAAAAAUUAAGCAAUGUAAGGAUUGGUGAAUCAUCGUCUGCUGGUGCACCUUCUACAGCUGAUAUGCAGGAAACCAUGAAAAAUGCUAUGAAAGACCCUGCGAUGCGGAAGAUGUAUGCAUCUAUGAUGAAGAACAUUAGUCCAGAGAUGAUGUCAAAAGUUAGUGAGCAGUUUGGAAUGAAAAUGUCAAAGGAGGAUGCUGCCAAAGCUCAGGAAGCCUUGUCUUCAUUGUCUCCUGAGGCGCUGGAUAGAAUGAUGAGAUGGAUGGACCGAGCACAGCAAGGGGUAGAAGCCGCGAAGAAGGCCAAGAACUGGCUCUUAGGCAGGAAAGGCUUGAUCCUUGCUAUUGUCAUGCUGAUCCUGGCCUUCAUCCUUCACCAGCUCGGGUUCAUCGGUGGGUGAUGACCUGAAUGCAGAGAUCGGCUGUAACUAGCUUGCAAAUAAUCGUUGGGUAGCAAUAUGGUGUGCUUCCACUUUCUAACACCUGCCGAAAUGCUCCAUGGGAAGUAAGGGCUAAGAAUUCAAUCAAUCUGGCCUUUCUUGUAGCACUGUUCCCUCCUAUUCUUUUGUCGAGUCAUAAUUAUUUGUAACAUUAAUCGGAUUAUUGUGAGGAACCGACUUCAAAUUGAGGUAGUAUUACUGUUCAGGUUCAGAUAACUUGCCGAAAUGUAGUGACUGAUGAGAUACCAGUGUUUUUAUGCGCUUAUUGGAAGUUAUAUGUACACGUGCUAUGUCUCGUAUACUCA